AUGUAUUGCCAAUGGCGUAUACCCUGCCUUCGGGCACUACCCUUGAGAAAAUUCACAUCUCAAGCUGACCAAGAUGUACAAUUAGCUAGGGAUUGGCUCAAAACUCUCAAUUCCAAGACCAUCCCCCGCAACAUCUGCGAGGUCUCUUUCAGUCGAUCCAGCGGUCCGGGCGGGCAAAAUGUGAACAAGGUCAACUCCAAGGCCACCUUGAAAGUCCCAUUGGACGCGUUGCUGCCCUUGGUUCCCCGUCUGAUACACCAUCCACUACGCGCUUCCCGAUAUGCCGCCGAAAGAACCCAAUGUCUAGUCAUCCAGUCGGACGAGGAGCGGAAACAGUCUAACAAUGUGGAAUCCUGCUUUGACAAGCUCUAUCAACUAUUGCAGACCUCGGCCAAGGAGGUGAUUCCCGGGGAAACAUCCCAAGCGCAAAGAAAUCGCGUACAAAAAUUACAAAAGGCUCAAAAUGAGGGACGGAUUAAAGACAAGAAACAGCACAGCGACAAGAAAGGUAGUCGCCGGGGAAGCAAAUACGAUGAUUGA